CUUGGUGGAGUCGAACCAUGAAGUUCUACGUUCACUUUGAUGGUCCUCCGGAGUUUAGCAUGGUUUUUAGAUGGAAUAAAAGCAAAAAAGAAAAGCUGAAGCUAGUGAUGGAUAUAUUUUUUGAGGCUCUCAAGGCUAACCAUGCAUCUCUCUUCGAACUAAACCUCGAAAACUUGAUACUCGUGAACACAAGGAAAUCCACACUGUCUCUAGAGCAAGACGUCACGUCGGUCGUAAAAGACGGCAUGGAUUUAUUUGUCGUUUUAAAACAACUUCCUGUGCCAAAGGAGAGACGAAGAAUUGUUAUGCACCCUCCAGUUUCUCUUGCUUCUAGUAUUUCAUCUGUUCAUCAAAAGGGACCUGGGAUGUUUGUCAAGAAUGGCGAACCUACAUGUACAAAGUCUUCGUCUGAAGUGGAGUUGAAUGAAUCGAAAAUCAGUGAAAAAACUAAGACUAGUUUCUGCUUGAAUGAUCUGCGGAAAAAGAUGGGUACUUUGAGAAAUGCAGCUCGAAUCUGUGCUGAAGCAGUUUCAGUGGAUGAAGAAAAUUCUUCUCCUCUGUCUUGCUUGGCUGAAAUUUACCUUGAAGCUGGCCGUCCACAGAUAGCUCUGGAGUACAUUGAGCUAGCUAUUCAUGUUAACUCCACUGACUCGUCAUUGUGCUUCAUCCAUGGAAAUUGUUUGGCUGCGGUGGGAAAACUGGAAGAGGCAUCUAAUGCUUAUGUGAAAUACAUGAGUCACUUGGAAUCUCUUGGAGCUUCUCAACAUGAAAUUCAUGAUGUUCAAGCAGCUAUUGCCAAGGUCUGUGCCAAGUCAGGGAACAUUAAAAUGGCUAUAGAUCUAUUUUCAAAUGUGCUAAAGGAAGAUUCCACUCACAUGGAGAGCUUGAAAGGAUUUGCAAUCCAUACCGCUGGUACCAGUCAGGAUGACUUACAGGAAGCGAUAGUUAUCUUGUUGUCACUACUGGUUCAAUCUGGUGGCCAAUACCAGCAUGAUGUUAGAAAAGAACUUGCUAAUUUGAUGAGUUCUCCAGGGGGAAUGGGUGUGUUUGAAGAUCAGCUAAGUGAAGUCUGGCGUACAUCAGAAUCACUUAUGUUCAUAGCUGACAUUCUGCGUGAGUGGGGUGCCUUAAAGGAAACUUUGCAGCUUGUGCUUCGUGCAUAUGAGCUAUCACCGCAUGAUCCAGGCAUCUGCCUUUACCUUGUUCACACUUAUGAAAUCCUCAGCAAGCACAAUGAAGCAUUUUUAGAAGCCCGCUCUUUCUUGAUUAGAAAUGGCAACCUACAAAUUGGAAGGGUUUCUUGCUCGUAUUUCAUACCAGUUCUACAGCUGAUCACAGAAGAAAUUUACCUCAACAACACCACACUGUGCAUUCCUCCAGACUUUGAGAACCAGGAAAAUAUCGGGAAAGCUCUUGAUUCUGAGUUUCAACAGCUGGGAUUGUUGUUUACUCUUGUAAAGAUACUCUUUGUAAAAGGUGCACUUAAUUCAACAAAGGCUUUCAUACCUGUUUUGGACAAACUACACAAGGAUAGAGGGUUACAUCUCACACUCCUACGUAAUGAAGCUGCGUUUUUUUCUUGCAUCAGCCUUGUGAUGGAAGUGCCAUUCUCUCCACUACCUCAAAACCCAGAUUUCAUUUACUUUGCUUCUGAUAGCCACUGUAUAUCUCCUGCCUGGAGGACCAUCAAUUACCAGGAGAAACCACAUGUCAUUCAUCCAUUGCUUGCCACUGGUGUGAAAAUUUGGCACAUUAGAAAAGAAAGCUCCUUUUACCCCAAGUUUGCUCUCUUGAAUGCAUUGAAAGAAGUGCCAAAUGAUUCAACUGUUAUUUUCAACAUUGGAGAAAUUGAUUGCAGAGAGGGUCUGCUGAGGGCUGUUGACAAAUGUAAUUAUGACUCUGUAGAAGAAGCGAUUGAGACAAUUGUCAGCAUUUAUAUUGAUUUUCUUAAAGAGCAGAAUGAACGCCAUGGCUUUGUAACUUUUGUUCAUCCUAUACUUCCUGUGCUGAAGGAGACACGAAAUGUGGUGCUUCAGUUUAAUGAGAAACUUAAAGAAGCUGUUGAAAGUUGCAGUGGACUGCAAUGGCUAGAGCUCUUGGAUGUUUUACUUGCAAAGCAAACUUGUGAAUUCAACAGUGAGUAUCAUCUUGAUGGAACUCAUGUGCAUCCAAAGUAUGUUUCUCUUUUGGAAAAAGCCUUGAAAGACUCAUUGAAAGAUGUUUAAUAUACAUGUAUUGCAGGGCUUUGUUUUAUGGGAUUAUUUAAACAAAGGUAAGCCAUUGUUUAACAAAAUGGUUCAGUAUAAGGUUAUGCCCCAUUUUAUACUGAAUUUGAAAUUACUGCAUCCUGAGUGUAUAAUACACAAGGGUUUAUUGAAUGUGGUCGUCAUGCCAACAAUAUCAAGUGCAUUUAUGUACUUAGAGUUUGUCAGGAGUUUGCUCGCUGUUAGUUUACCUCUGUAAUGCCUAAAGUCAAUGUCUCAGAAUUUCUGAAAUGUGUCAAAGUUUCUAAAGGGGAAAUCAUUAUAAACACAUGUUGAAUUGUAAAAGAGUUAACUUUUGAUUUCUAGUUUGAACUCAGAACUUUUAAUGGAGAAGUAUGCUCCCAAAACAAACUUAUUUUAAUCCCCACUAUUAAAAUUA